CCAUGGCUUCGACGGGAGCGAGUGGUGCUUCUCCUAGGUCUCGGCGGGAGCCAGGGGGGCGCGUCCCGCGGCCGGAUAAGUAUUCGGUGCUUUUGCCCACCUACAACGAGCGCGAGAACCUACCGCUCAUCGUGUGGCUGCUGGUGAAAAGCUUCUCCGAGAGUGGACUCAACUAUGAAAUUAUAAUCAUAGAUGAUGGAAGCCCAGAUGGAACAAAGGAUGUUGCUGAGCAGCUGGAGAAGAUCUAUGGAUCAGAAAAAAUUCUUCUAAGACCACGAGAGAAAAAGUUGGGACUGGGAACUGCAUAUAUUCAUGGAAUGAAACAUGCCACCGGAAGCUACAUAAUUAUUAUGGAUGCUGAUCUCUCACACCAUCCAAAAUUUAUUCCUGAAUUCAUUAGGAAGCAAAAGGAGGGUAAUUUUGACAUUGUCUCUGGAACUCGCUACAGAGGAAAUGGAGGUGUAUAUGGCUGGGAUUUGAAAAGAAAAAUGAUCAGCCGCGGGGCCAAUUUUAUAACUCAGAUUUUGCUGAGACCAGGAGUAUCUGAUUUAACAGGAAGUUUCAGGUUAUACAGAAAAGAAGUUCUACAGAAAUUAAUAGAAAAAUGUGUUUCUAAAGGCUAUGUCUUCCAGAUGGAGAUGAUUGUUCGGGCAAGACAAUUGAAUUACACUAUCGGUGAGGUUCCAAUAUCAUUUGUGGAUCGAGUUUAUGGUGAAUCCAAGUUGGGAGGAAAUGAAAUAGUCUCCUUCUUGAAAGGAUUAUUGACUCUUUUUGCUACUACAUAAAAGAAAAUUAUUUAUACUUAUGUUCAUUUCAAUUGAAAUACAAAAGAAGCCUGAUUGCUGAUUUUUUUUAAUGUACUCUUAGAGCAUAAAUCAUAAGGUAAGGUAAAUUGCAUGCAAAUAUUUUAUUCUGAGGAAAUUCCAUUUUAUAUGUCAAACUAAGAUAGAAAAAUGAACAGUAUUCUCAAUUUUGCUUACAUUUUGCUGUAUUAAGACUAUAAAUAAAUGUAAAAGUUUUUUGCAUAAAA